AUGGCGGAGAUCCCCGGGACCGGAGCGGCGGUCAUGCACGUUCUCCAGCGGCAUCGGGAAAUUUUGCAUGGCUACCGGCAAGAGUAUCUGAAAAUUCAGGCAAAUCACACUACACGAAUGGAACGGGAGGAACUGUUGCGUGGAUCGGGGUUGGGCGGAACGACUUCACCAUCGACUUCCGGUUUGAGUCGAAGGGACAUGUAUUUGAAGGAGAACACACAUUUGCACAAUUCGAGCUCCAUGGUUAACGACCAGAUUAGCAUCGCAAUGGAGACGAAGGAGCACUUGACUUCCCAGCGGCAGCAUAUGAAGCGUUUCCAAACCAGAAUGCACGACAUUUCACAUCGUUUUCCGUUGAUAUCCAGCCUCAUUCAGCGAAUUAACAUUCGCAAACGAAGAGAGUCACUGAUCCUGGGUGGAGUGAUUGGAGUCUGCACGAUCCUGCUGUUACUGUAUGCGUUUCACUGAUUGCUGCUGCAGCAUGUGUCGACGACCAGGUUUGUUACUAAGAAGUUUUUCUUUGGCGCAAUAAUUUUUCAUUUCGCCACUACUGUUGGGAUCGGUAACAUCAUUGUUGUAGAAAUUUUGCAUUUUUUUUUCAACGAAAACCAAACUAAUCGAAAGGCAUUCGGACACGGACGGGAAACAGAUUAUCGGUCGUUAUUUUGUAGUUAGAAAAGUUUUUAAAGGCGGUUGCUCGGGUUAACGAGGCAAACAAGUCUCGGUAGUAGCACCGAAAGAUAUAUGUGUAUUUAUCAUCCAAUUAUUAAGAAAUCAAUAAAGUAAGUCGCCUUAUGCCGGCGUUUGUGAUAGGA